AAUGACUCACAACAUCGGCUUACUGCGCUUCAACUUUACGCGCCGCGGAGCAUCGAGAGAGCAAUUCCCGUUGACGGAGGAGGGACCGGCAUCACGUCAUCCUUGUACUGUUUUCUGUUUUGGGGAUUGUUUUCGUUCGGGGUCGAAUUGUGUUGUCAAAACAAUCAGCUUGUGUUUGUGUUCUGAAGAUCUGUCGUGCGGUGUUUCUGCUUUUGUGAUCAUCAGAGGAUUUGGAGUCGCAACAGUUGUCCGGACAUCAGGAAAGGAGGAAGCAGCCGAGAAGCCCCCAACGGCCAUUCAGGAAGUUGGUUCGGUCGGAUUGGCCACUUUGACCGGCAGUUUUCACUGCCCCUUGCGUGUCCCGCUGUUUGUGCCCGUCUCAUCAGCAACGUUUUUCCUGCCAGUGACGCGCGAUUUUGGCGCAAUUUCUACUCAUCAAUCAUCAGCAGCUCAGGAGGUGUGAAAAGAGGUUUUCUUCGCUUCGUCGCUUCGAACCGCUGCGGCGAUUGCCCUGCCGUCGGCGGUAUCCGGUCCCUUCCCCGCUACCCCACUACCAUUUGGUGGUGUAUUAGGAGUGGUUCUUCAACACGAUCGGUGAGUGACCAAACCUUUCUUAAUACCAGGAGUUAGUGAG